AAGCAGAAAAUGACCAAGUCUCAGGGUCCAGUGUCGUUCGAGGAUGUGGCUGUGGAUUUCACCCAGGAGGAGUGGCAGCAACUGGACCCUGCUCAGAGGACCCUGUACAGGGAUGUGAUGCUGGAGAACUACAGCCACCUGGUCUCAAUGGGGUAUCCAGUUUCCAAACCAGAUGUCAUCUCCAAGUUGGAACAAGGAGAAGAUCCAUGGAUCAUAAAGAAAGACGUAUCAAUUUGGAUCUAUCCAGGUGACAGUCUGGCAGAUGAGAGACAAGGGAAAUGAAAUCUACUUGACAGCCUUCAAUUGGAUAUGCUUGGAGAUGUUUCCUUUCAUAAGGAGAUACUAGAAAGUGUCACAAGGGAUCAUUCAUUGUACUCCAUUUUAAAAGUUUGGCAAGGUGAUAAGAAACUGGAGAGGGGUCAGGAAAAUCAAGACAGACUUCUCAGGCAAGUCAUGGUCAUCAACAACAAAACAGUUAUUGAAGAGUCAGGCCAUACAUAUAAUGCAUUUGGAAAAAUAUUUCAUGACUGCACAGCGCUAGAUACUUCAAGACAAAGACUGUAUACGUGUGAUUUGUUUGAAAAGAUCUUGAAACCUAAUAUGAACCUGUUCAGUUGUAAUAGAGGUUAUAUAAGAAAAAACACUGAGAAUUUUGGAUGUGGGAGAACACCUAGUUCUUUCUAUUUUAAGCAUGAAAAAAUUCAUAGUGGAAUGAAACACUGUGAAGAUAAUCAGUGUGGAAAGAUUAUCAGCAAUAAACAAUUUCUUAUUCAAUAUGUGAAUGGUAAAACGGAGAAGACCUGUGUAUGCAUUGAAUGUGGAAAAUCUUUUCUCAAAAAGUCACAGCUCAUUACUCAUCAACUAAUUCAUACUGCAGAAAAGCCUUAUGAUUGCAGUGCAUGUGGGAAAGCCUUCAGUGAGAAGUCACAUCUCAUUGUACAUCAGAGAACUCACACUGGGGAGAAACCUUACGAAUGUUCUGAAUGUGGAACCUUCUCUCAAAAAUCAUCUCUCAUUAUACAUCAGAGAGUUCAUUCAGGGGAGAAACCAUAUGAAUGUAGUGACUGUGGGAAAGCCUUCUCCCAGAAAUCACCCCGCAUUAUACAUCAGAGAAUUCACACUGGAGAGAAACCUUAUGAAUGUAAUCAGUGUGGGAAGGCCUUCUCCCAGAAGUCACAGCUGAUUAUACAUCAUAGAGCUCAUACUGGAGAGAAGCCAUAUGAAUGUACUGAAUAUGGGAAAGCCUUCUGUGAGAAGUCCCACCUCAUUAUACAUAAGAGAGUUCACACUGGGGAGAAACCCUAUAAAUGUGCUCAAUGUGAGGAAACCUUCAGCAGAAAGUCAGAACUCAUUAUACAUCAGAUAAUUCAUACUGAGGAGAAACCUUAUGAAUGUACUGACUGUGGGAAGACCUUCUCCCGAAAGUCACAGCUCAUCAUACAUCAGAGAACACUCACUGGAGAGAAACCCUAUAAAUGCAGUGAAUGUGGAAAAGCCUUCUGUCAGCAGUCACAUCUCAUUGGACAUCAGAGAAUUCACACAGGAAAAAAACCUUAUAUGUGUACUGAAUGUGGGAAAGCCUUCUCUCAGAAGUCCUACCUCCCAGGACAUCAGCAAAUUCAUACAGGGGAGAAACCUUACAUAUGUGCUGAAUGUGGAAAAGCCCUUUCCCAGAAGUCAGACCUUGUUAUACAUCAGAGAAUUCAUACUGGGGAGAAAUCCUAUCGAUGUGGUAUAUGUGUAAAAGCCUUCAUCCAGAAGUCACAACUCACUGUACAUCAGAGAAUUCAUACAGUGGUAAAAUCAUAAGAAUGGAUUGAGCACAGAAAAGCCUACAGUAUCUGUUCAAGCCUUAAUAAAUACCACAGAACCUACAGAUUUGAUGAGUUUUGAGACAUCUUUAUUGAUAAAAAUUUUACAAGUGAAAUCAAGUUUCUACUGUAGUAUCUAAUGUUUUGUCAAAGAUAACACAAAAAUCUUAAUUAUAUAAAUGAUGGGCGUUUUCACUAUGGCAUGUAAAACUUUUAAGAUUGUGAGUGGAAUAAUUAAUAUAAUAGAACAAAUUACAUAUGUAGUCUUUUUUGAAGUUACAUGUUUCUGAGUAUACUAUGUAAUGAUAUCAGAGAUCAGAUGUUUUUAAUGUGAGCCUAGCAUAAUUGUGGCCGUGGAGUAAUUCCCCAUAGAGGACAUGAAGAAAGCUUGAGGCAAAAAAUGCCGAGAGUUAGAAACUGUGCUUGGGGGAGGGGGCCUGGUCAUCAACUCUAAAGGUAUAUGUAAAAUUCUUCUUGUAGAAAGAUGGAAAGAUGUGUUGGUAAGGUGCAAUAAAUGUGGUCUUUUUGUGUUUUUCCAUUUCAAGAAUAUAAGUUGGUCUGAGUCUGUGGAUGUACCCAGGAUCUUGGAAUUGACACUUCUCGCUCAUUUCUCCCUUUCACCCCGCCUCUCUAGGAGCUUGGUGUGGUGGAAAGACAUUGUUUUUAGAGCCAUAUGGUCAUGGGUUUUAAUCCUUGUUCCAUUACUCACAGAUUGUGUGACUUCAGGGAAGCCUUUUUUAACCCUCAGUGUUCCUUCCCUCAUCUGUAUGUGAAAUCCUGGCAGAGAGCACGUUCUUAUUUAAUAUUUGUCCACUUUAUCUUCUUUCUCUAUUCUCUUACAGUAGGCUGCUAAUACUGAUGUAUACACAUUUAAACAUGAUUUGCAUUCCAGACACUCUGCUUCUGAUUUCCCAGAUUUCUUAUCUUUUCCUCUGUCCAUUUCACUUCCCUUGUGUCUGGUGGCCUAACUAAUGCUAUGU